AUGCUGGUGCUGGUGUCAUGGUGCUCGUGGGUGCUUGGAUUUCCCCCACUUGCUGGAGGGGUCCAUGAAAAAUGUCAUCUCAUGCAGGGCACGCCGUUGUUUCCGUCCCACAAGGCGAUAUUGUUUUGGACGACUGAUGUUGACUUUUUUUCCAGAAAAAUUUCUGUCAUAUUUUUCUUCUCUUUCUCUUCCCUGCGAACCUUGUCCUCCGGGUCGUCGAUCUUGUGA